GGACCGGUACAUGCCCACGUGGUGCACCACGCGCAUGUUGUCGUCGAACCCCAACCCCAAGCGGCGGGCCAACUUGACCAGCGACCUCGUGCGGUCGCUGAUUGCGUUCCUUGGCAUUUCGUACGCCAUCCGCAACAUGCAGUGGAAGUCGUCGCUCCAGAUGGCGUUGACGUGGUCGCUCCUCAACCCGGGGUUGUGGUUGAUUUUGGACGGCACACUCAACGGGUUCAUGGGCUCGAUCGCGGUGGCCUUUGGCGGGUCGGCCGUGAUUUACGCCCAGAGCGGCAGCCAGUUCACGGGCGACUCCGAGAGCUUGUUUUCGAUUUUCCUCUUUAUCGCCAGUUUCUUUUUCUGCGGCGUGAUAAUCUUUGGCAAGUUGGGGCGCUUUUUGUUUGGCCCGCACUGAGCGGCCAUGUGGUGGGGCCAGUGGUGCGAGGUGGUUCUACGAGUGCUGCGAGGUAUCUACGAGUGCUGCGAGGUAUAUUUACGAAUGCUGCCAGAUGAGCCCAUACUUCGAGCUUGACUACUGCGGGCCAUGGGCCCAAUGUGCGAGGGCCCGGCAACUUGGUGGCACCCGAUGUUACGAAUAGGCAGAUAGCAGAUGUAUACGCAAUCACUCAUACCGCAAGAAGACUGAGCCAAAACCAACCGACCAACAACAAAUAAACCAACCGACCAACAACAAAUAAACCAACCAAACAACAAACACAAAAAACAACAUCACAACACCACAACAAACAGAAAAAACAACAAACAGAAAAAACAACAAACAGAAAAAACAACAAACAGAAAAAACAAAAAACAGAAAAA